CAAUUUGCUACUUGUCGACAUUUCAAACCAUAUAAUUUGCUAUCCCGAGCCUUGCAUGUAGCAAUGUCGACCCAAAGAGCUGUCGUCCACAAAUCUGAAGGCGUCGCUGAAAUCAGAGAGGAUGUGCCUCUCCCCAAGCUUCGCGAUGAUUAUAUUCUCGUCAAGACUAAAGCAGUUGCCCUGAACCCGACUGAUUGGAAGGCAAUCGAUUACCGUAAUUGUCCAGGCGCAAUUGCCGGAUGUGACUAUUCUGGGAUUGUCGAGGCUGUGGGAAAACACGUCACCACGCCUUUCAAGCCGGGAGACCGUAUUGCUGGGUUUGCUCGAGGGGCCAACCCUGACAACCAUAACGAUGGGGCAUUCGCUGAACACAUCACUGCAAAAGGAGAUCUCCAAAUGCGUCUCGCCGACAACAUCUCCUACACAGACGCCGCAACUCUAGGUGUCGGCAUCACGACGGUAGCUCAAGCACUAUACCAAUCCCUAGGUCUCCCUUUUCCCCCCGCCAAAGUCUCCUCCCCAACUCCAAUCUUGAUCUACGGCGCCAGCACUGCAACUGGCACCUUGGCCAUUCAAUUCGCCAAGCUUUCCGGCUGUGAAGUCUUCGCAACCGCAUCUCCACACAACCUCGACCUCCUACGUAAUCUGGGUGCUGAUCACGUCUUCGACUACCGCGAGCCGGGUGUUGGCGCCAAGAUCCACGACGCGACCAACAACAAACUAGCCCUCGUACUCGACUGUAUCACCGAUCAGGGCUCUCCAGAAAUCUGCUGUGAGGCCAUCAGCUCCAACGGUGGGCAUUACUCAGCCCUGGGCCUGAACGCUGGCAAGCUACCCCGAGACGAUGUAAAGAAUAGCCUUACGGUGGCAUACAGCGCGCUUGGAGAACGCUUUAGCGAUAGAUUCCCCGCAAAGCUAGAGGAUUUUGAGUUUGCAGUGAAGUUCUGGAGGAUUGCCGAAGAGCUUGUUAAUAGCGGGAGGAUCAAGGCCCAUCCGGCGGAGGUGAGGGAGGGGGGAUUGGACGGGGUUAUUCAAGGGUUAAAGGAUUUGAAGGAUGGGAAGGUUAGUGCAGUGAAAUUAGUGUAUGAGAUUGCGUAAACAAAACUUCUUAGAAGGAAGAUUACAAUCGU